CUGCCGCGACAUCUGUGCGCAGGUGCAAUCACGUGAAUUCAAUUGCAUCCAGGCCGUUUGCAAACAAUUCCAAGUCGGCAGGACAACCAGCUAUCACCACUAUUCACCUGGAAACGUCGUCUCUAUGAAACAUCAUCAUCGGCGAUGGCGUCUGGAGGAGAUUCUGACGAUGAGAUUUCAAUCACAUCCACCGAUGUUGAGAACAGUGAUGAGCUGUUCGCCGACAAGGUCCUGGCGGAAAGGCUCGUUAACGGAGAGCCCCGCUGUCUGAUCCAAUGGAAAGAUCUGCCCAUAGAAGAAGCAACCUGGGAGCCCAGAGAAAACGUAACAGAUGAGCUCAUGGGAAUCUGGGAGAAGAACAAGGCAGACCAAAGAAAUGGACUGGUGCCAAAGUUCAGACUUCAGGAUUGGAAAGAUGCAUUCACGAAGAGCUACGAGUCGAAGCUUGCUCGACACCAUCUUCGCAACAUCGUGCGCGCAAGACGCGGCUAUCCCCAGACGCCAAUGAUGACAAUGAAUGAGUUUCUGCAAUUACUCAGCGAUUAUCCGGAUGAAGAAGAGGAAGAAGCUGGUCAGGCUGGUCCAAGCCUUGCACAAAUAAGCGUGCAGCAAAGCCUAUUAGAGAACCCGCCCGCUUCUCAUACAAAUCAGUCCGCGAUAAUCCCAGAAACUUCGGCAAUAUUGAUUGAAGAUUCUCCUUCUCCCCAAGAAACUAUACAGGAGGGGCUUUUCGGAACACCUGGGCCUGAUGAGACCAGGACGACCAGCCCACCAGAGAAAUUAGCCGUGAACCCCCCGGCUCCGUUAAAGUCAGCAUUAAAGAGUGCCGAGACCACGACACGAGCUUCUGUGAGAUUCAUUCUUCCGCCCGAGGAGACUUCUCGUGAGGUCCCGAGGAGACACAUUCCAUCAAAUCGGGUGGCGGCAGCAAGACCAACAGGGUACGCAAAUGUCUUCGCUGGCGGUCGUACUCGCAAGGGGCGAGGAACCUUGAGCGAAGCAGCGGCAAACCCAGAAGUCAACCCUAAAUUCUUAAAUUCGCGACUCAGAAGGAAGAUAGAGUUACAACGUCGAGAUAGAGAAGGGAUCAAGGCGCCAGCAAGUCAGCCUUCUGAGCUGAUCUCUCUUGAUCACAACAACCCACAACUUAUGCCAUCAGCCAAUGGCUCUAAAGAUGAUGAUCAAACCAACGGGAAACGCAGAUCUCCAACAAAGGGUGUUGCUCACUGGGAAGAUGAACCGAUGGAUAUAGACCCAAGCGAUAGUCUAUUUGUGUCUGAUCAGACUCCUUCACCGGCCCCAGAUGCCUCAGACGACGAAAUGACCCAGCCAGACACUGAUAUUUCCGAAGAGCAGCCGGAAUAUCAAGCAGUGAGCAAAACCGUGCAACUAGGUCCCGAAAAGCUAAAUACUGUUACUCUCUCUUUUGAUGGGAUACCCCAAGAAAGAGGCCUCGCUUGGGCAGACCAGUUUCGUUCAGAUGAGCGGCUCGUCUUCACACAUACUUGCAAUUCUCGGGAUCUCUUCUGCCAGACAGGUUUGAACGGCGGCCUAUCAGUGGUACAAUUAUGCGAAGGCACUGUGGUAUCAUAUACGGAGCUUAACGCCCUCAAAAGCUUGGCGAGCAAUCUAAGACUCGGGUCUCUGGGAUUGCUAAGUUGUAGCGAAAACUUCUGCGUAUACAUGUUCUUCCCUGAAAAUACCGAUGGUCAAGCAACACAAGACUGCGAUGACAUAGUCCUCAAAUACCAUAUUUUCAAGCCAGUUGAUUCCCUGACUCCAUCCAUGCUGGCCUCCGCUUCACAGCUGAUGGUGCCAGACAAGAGCGACAAAGGUUCAGCAUUUUGGUCAAGACCUUUGAAUGAAAUCUUCGGCCAGAAAUAUGAGCAGCUACUCCCCGUUCAUGCAAGAGACGGCGAGAAGCACAACUUCUACUUGGCCUUCCCCAAUCGUGCCGAACAAGAAGCUUUCCUGUUAACUGGGUGGUUGCGAGAUAACCGGAGCGACUGCGAUAUUCGGGUUAGUUACGCAGGAGGUUCUUGGUCUAGUUUCAUAAAACUGCCCAAUGGAGUUGUCAUUAUUCAUGAAGACAUGCUUUGGGCAAUACGAAAGAUCCCCAGAUUGAACGACCUUUUACAUGGGCGCAGAACACACUUUACGUUUUGGACUUUCAGCCGUUCUCUUUUGCCCGUUCAUCCACUAGGUUCUGAGGGCUCGCCAGCGUCCCCCCCGGGCGAUAUCCGCCUUUACCGUGUGUUUGACCCUGGGGCAGCCUUCUUGAUCACGCCUAGCUUCUUGGUCUCGGAGCCAGAGCAUGCAUACUCGUUUUUGAAGUGGUUCUGGAACAAUUACGUCAAAACUUUCGACGUGAGCCGACCCAGGAAGUUGGUUCUGUGCGCAAAGAUUGACGAAUGGAUGAACAACCUAUACCUAGAGCAGACGGCGAUGAGACGCAAGCAUCCGGUUAACGCUUCAGAGGAGGAACUCAGCGCCAAGGGUAUAUCCGACAAGGCAAUAGAAUGUCGGUGGAAGUCUUUCAAACUCAUCCAACAGCUUAUUGCAGAUGCUCCGAACGGAAAUUCUAGAAGUAUUAUCCUCGCGCCCGAAGCAAUAGAUGGUAACGAUGAGCAAAGCUUGGUCAAUUGGUUCGGCGAGUGGUCUACCUUGAAUAUAGAACAGUACCGAAGAUAUACUGUCAUAGGCUGUGGCUGGCAAACCGAAACACGGCGCUCAAGAACGCUUCAGGCACCAAUUUACGAAGACGGCGUCGUGAACGAUCCGGACGAGGCACUGUCAGGGGUCCCAAGCCAACCUGAACCGUUGUCGCCUCCGUCUGGGCCACGAGCAGCUAAAGACGACGAAAGCAAGUACAUAAAAACUCGACUGUUUGAAAUCAUAGAGGAGUUCAAACGAGGGUUAUACACGCCCGUGAAAUUGUACUUGUACCCCGUGGGAUAUUCGACGUCAGAUGUUGGUUUCCGGCUGGGAGACAUCAAACAAAGAUAUUAUACAUAUGAACAGUGGUUUGAAUAUCACUGGAGAGUGUUUAACAUCUCCCACAGAGGACCACUCAAUACAUACGCAGGGCUGUUUUACACCUUUGACGAGCAGCAAGCUUCGUCGCGUACAUUUCACAACGUCCAACGAUCCCCGUGGGCUGCUCUAUUACGUCCGGUCAACCCACAUAUGCGGCCUUGGAAGAAUUUAGAGCUGUUCAUAUGGGACAUUAAUUAUUUAGAAAGCAGCAGGAAAGGCAAAACUUUUUGCUAUGCCGAUCUCCCCGAAGGCCAGCAACGCUUGAUAGACCACAUUCAACAAAGGGCACGAGAUAGACUCCCGCUUGAAAAGGUCUGGGUGGGCGCUGUCGGGGCCAGGCCCAGCGGUGCAUCUGCUCUGAACGUCACAAUACAAUGGCUUGAUAGCGUUUUGACGAUGGUGAAAGACUGGAUACCUGCACCAGCCUACGAAAUAUCCAGUAGGGGAUGGAGUCUUGUCACGCCUGAGAGGUCGUCAGAACAUCGGGAGGACCGCAGCGGCGAGAUUGUGCACGGGAAGCGCAACCGCGGCGGAAAAAAGAGCUAUGUUAUAGAUUCAAGCCCUGAUGACGAAGAAGAGGAGGAAGAGGAGGAAGAAGUAGUAGUAGAAGAUGACGACGAGGAUGAUGAGGAGGAGGAUGACGACGACGAAGAGGACACGAGAGCAGACGAAGAUGAUGAAAUGGAAGAGCUCGGUGACGAAGAUGCUGAAGGUGAAGACGAAAUGGAAGUUGAUGCCGAGGGCGAAGAAGAUGCAGAUGGCGACAUUGACAUGGCCCCGAAGCCUGUUGGCCGCCCCUCAGCAAAGACUUCGAGGAUUACCAAGUCGAGACCCACGGUGAAGGUCACCUCAUCCAGAGUGAAUCGGGAUGAAGAUGAAGAUGAAGACGAGGAAGACGAGGAUGAUGACGACGAGCUUAGCGACCCGGCAGACAGCGACAUAGGCGAUGAUACCAUUGUCUAUGGCAACCAGGACAUGGAAGAUGAAGAUGCCGAAGGAGAAGAAAUCGAAGUUGCUGGAGAUGAGGAGGAGGUUGAGGAAGACGAUGAAAUUGCCAUGCAACAAGAGGCCAAUGGCGAUUCGGAGCUCGAUAGCGAAGAAGGCAGCCGGGCUGAAACGCCAGACCUCGCCAAAAUGACCAAAAGACAGAGGGCCCGGUUUGAGGAUAUACCUCAAGAAUUUAUGAAGUUGCCUGAUGAAAUCCAAGUCAAGAAAGUAUUUACGGCGGAAGAGUUGUCCAUGCGCCGCCAAGAAAUGGCUAGACGGCGACGCAACCUCAGUGAGAAGCGUAAUGAAGAAGUCAAGAUGGAGACAAUCAACAAGCUUCUCAAGAAACAAGCCCCAAAGAUCAACCGUAAAGCAGCUGCCGCCGACGCACAGGAGGGGGACUCGCAAAAAGCCAACCCUAUUUUCAUUCGCUGGGUUAGCAACAAGAGUGGUAACCGCGUUGCCGUCCCAGAGGAGAUCAUUGAAGGGCCUGCCGGUGCCGUGUUUGGAGACAAGGGCAAGCCAUCAUUGGGGAAGCCAGUAGUCGAAGUGGCCUAAAUCAGCCCGCAACGCGCUGAUGGGAUCAGAUAAUAAUAUGAGGAUAUUUCUGGCGCUGUUGAUACUAUUAGGACGACAGGACUGGAAAGAAGGCAAAGGAUGGGCGUACGGGCAAAGGGGUAUGACUAUGAUCUAUAAAGCUGUAUAACAUAUCGGUAAUGCAGACGGUAAUUGAGCGAAUUAUAAUUUGAUGUAUCCUGUUUCCCU